AUGAUUCGCUCCGAAUUAGCUCGGCGUGAGGCAUUGGAACUAGAACUCCUUCGUCAGCACGGUGCAGCUAAGAUUGCUCAACUCAUCCGUGAGUGGUGGUCGGGAAUCUCCAAAGCCCCUGGUGUGGCCUCCCUCCUCUCGGUACAUGACCAAUGGCAGUCUACUCUUCAACAAAAUCGGCUGGCACUCACCCAGGUAACUGACACUGGGGCCAAUUGGUUAUCCAGCGCAAUCUCUCGCUCGGUUUGUCCAACUCCUGGUUCUAUUAAUCUAGUCUCAUUUCUUGAUGAUGAGGAGAUGGACGUGGAUUAUACUCCACCCCGAAGUUCUUCUAGCAGUAUCACGAGUGAAAAUCCGUCAGAAGAUCCAAGCACCGCCUUCAAUCUAGACUGCUUUGAAUGGGGUUUGAAUUCAGAGGCCUUUACGACAUUGGACUCUUACUCCUCACAACAUAGUGAAGAUGAAGGAGGUGAUUAUGAAGAUAUUGAUUCAGUGUCUAGCAGUCAUCUUUCAAAUGGAUCCACCUCGGAAGAAGAAUUAAUUGGACUUAGGUCUGAUGCUGCUUUGCCACUGCAUGAAGUCCUAGAGACUGCCUUGGAUAAUGGAUGGACACCUCAGCAACGGAGCACUGCUUUGGAAGGCAUGCUUUGCAAUUUUGAUUUAGACUCCUCAGCGACGGAUUUUGAUUCGCCCUACCAGGUCACAGUUAAUGCCCUUCGACAUGAGGCUACUCUUCCACUCCGUCAGCUUCUACCCCCUGGCUAUCAUCCAAUCUCCACUACAUCAAUUCCCCUUGGAAUAAACGGCUCAGAUGGAGAUAACGGUGGCGUUGGUGUCGCUCUGCGUCGUCGACAACCUCCACGUCGUUCUAACCGUCCGAAUGCCGGUGUCCUCCUAAAUGGUUCUUCCACUCACGAAGACUCAUUCACCAAUGAUUCCCUCAUGGACUGUAUAGAUUAUAACAAUGAUUACCUCGAUGGUGAGGGAAUUUCGGAGGCUUCUGGAGACGGGGGUUAUGUUGAAUUGAUGGAAGUGGAUGGUUAUCCCUCAGAUUCUGAAGUGUCUGUGGCGUCUUCACUGGUUACGUGCCUUAAUGGGGAGACACUGUGUGUUCCAACGCAGCCAUCUUUUCCACCUCUCCCUCCGUCAGAACUGGCGAGAAGGGCAAGGGCUUUAGAGGCCUUGAGGGUGCAGACACCCACAAUGAAGCUUAUGCACUCUAGACUGUCGGCCUUUGGGCCUACUUGUCGAGUACCCUUUUUGCCUACCCCUAGUCUUUGUGAGUUCUCGUUCAUUCUUUUAUCCGUCUACUUAUCAUUCAUUACAACAUCUGAAAAUGUGGUAUAG